GGGGCAAAUGUCCCUAGAAUCCUAGAUCAGGAAGCUUUACGUUCUGCUCCGGGGAUCGGACUAUUUUUGUUUCUCACGCCAUUUUCUGUCCUGCUGGGCAGCUUCUCUUCUGUUCACUUAUUCUCUUCGACUACCUACACCUUUGAUACCCACAUCGUAUGCUUCGCAACCUCACACGCACACUCUUCACCACCACGCCACCUCUGAACCUUCGCAGAAUGGCCUCCUCCAAUUCCACUUCCACCUCCGCCUCCACGCCCAUCUCCAUGGGCUCAUCCAACACCACCCCCGCCUCCUCCACCUCCUUCUCUACCACUCCUACGGGCGAAAAACUAAUCUUCGCCCCCGCAGACGGGCAGUACACCCGCGGCACGCUCUCCACGGCCGACCUAUCCUCCUCGCCGUUCACGCAAUUCCACGGCUGGUUCUCAGCAGCGCAGUCGGCAUCCGUGUACCAGCCGGAGACCCUCGUACUCUCGACCGCUUCGCUCCCAUCCGGCCGCGUCAGCGCGCGCACCGUGUACCUCAAGGAGCUGGACCCGACGGGCUUUGUAAUCUACAGCAACUUUGGGACGUCGCGCAAGUCGCAGGACCUGCGCGGGAAUCCGUGGGCGAGCCUGACGUUCUACUGGCGGGAGAUGGAGCGGCAGGUGCGUGUUGAAGGUGUCACGGAGCGCCUGGUCCCAGAGGAGAGUCAAAGGUACUUUGAUACUAGGAUUAGGGGCAGCAGGAUUGGUGCUUGGGCUAGUAGACAGAGCGAGGUUAUUGAGCAUAGGAGUACGCUUGAGGAGAGGGUCAGCGAGGUUGAAAAAAGGUUUGAGGGUCAAGAGAAGAUUCCGGUGCCGGAGUUCUGGGGCGGGCUUAGGGUUAGGCCGGUAUACGUUGAGUUUUGGCAGGGCAGGGAGAGUAGACUCCAUGAUCGCUUUGUGUACGAGCGCGAGAGUGUCGACAGCGAGGUGUGGACUGUCAAGAGGUUGAGUCCGUAGCGCGGUUGCGGGAAACGUGCUUUUGUCGGUUCUAGAAUAUUACAAUAGCGAUUACUGCUGUCUGUCUACCUAUCUGCACCGACCAUUCACGGCUGAGUCCUGACAAGUCGGAGAAAUGGAUUACCAUUCCGUGGCGGGAGGCGAUCACUAGUCGUCACUCGGUCAAACUCCAG